UUCUGUAUUUGUCUGAACGCCUUCAUACAACCUGGGAGCGUGCACAGGAAGGCAGCGGCGGGAGCACGGGGGACGCUUGACCGUGCAGCUCACGGGGCGGCAGGACUGCUGCUGCCUCCGCCCAGGAUGGCUGGCACUGUGCUCGGAGUGGGUGCAGGCGUGUUCAUCCUAGCCCUGCUCUGGGUGUCGGUGCUGCUGCUGUGUGUGCUGUUAUCCAGAGCCUCCAGGAUGGCUAGGUUCUCUCUCAUUUUUGUACUCCUCGGUGCUCUGAUCAUCACAUCAGUUCUGUUGCUUUUCCCCCGAGCUAGUGAAUUCCCAGCCCCGGAGGUCGAAGUUAAGACUGUGGAUGCCUUUUUCAUUGGCCGCUAUGUCCUGCUGGCUUUCCUGAGUGCUAUCUUCCUUGGAGGCCUCUUCUUGGUUCUAACUCAUCAUGUCCUGCAGCCAAUCUAUGCCAAACCACUGCGGUCCUACUGAGCACUAUCUGGGAAAACCAAGACCCUGCUCUCCUCUCCUUCGAUGUGAUGGCAUUGAUGAGCAGAAAGGCACUAUUCAGAGACUUGUUUUGACAGCCCUUGUGCCUUAAGAUCAAAGGAAUAUCCAUCUAUCACUAAGAUAAAUCUCUUGUGUCCUGGCCUCCAGAAACAGGGUUGCAAAAUUGUCCCUGUGGGCAUAGAUUCUCACCAGCUUAUGAGAGAUAUUGCUGUCUUCAUAGUACUUGUACCUCAGAAUUUCCAUCCUUUGAAAGGGACAUAGUAACAGUGAUCUGCUUAGAAGAGAUUUUCAAUCAAAUCAUUAGUAAGUGGCUUUUGGGAAAAGGAGCAGUUUGGCUUCUGCUAUCCAAUAAAAGCACCUGGUCCAUUUUGAUAGUAUGUAAAAUUCUUUGUUAUGAGGUUGGAAUCAUUUGGAAAGGAAAGGCAUUCAAAUUCAAAAGUUUAUUCUAAUGUGGCAGUUGGGAAGACUUACUCAGAUAUUGGACACUGACCACUCUAUGCAUAUAAUUCCACAGAACUUUGUAAAGGCAAUGGGUGUCACUUUCCU